AUGAAGACGCGCAUCACCGCCUCAGUGCGGACGACCAAUCGCAUGAAUGCGCUGCUCUCGGAGUCCAUGCUGAGCCGGCGGCGUGCGCUGCAGAGCGCCGCGGGCGAGGGCGGCGACGCUGGCGGCGAGGUGGGCGGCGAGGUGGGCGGCGAGCGUAAGGAGAAGCCGAAAAAUGAUUGGAAAUUCUUUCACACCAAUUUCAAUAUGGAACGUGCCCAUAAAAUCAUCGAAGAUUGCAUCGAGGAGCGUCUGCUGUGGGAUCGCUUCAGUCGCAAUUAUGACUCUUGGCGCGCGCUCCAGCUGGCCGAGAGUCUGGCCGCGGAGAUACGAGACCGGGUCAAGAAGCUAAACCACAGGCGUCAUCGCAUUGUGUGCCUGCUGUCGAUUGCCGAGAAGCAGAACCAGGGCAUUUAUCAGCGGAUGUGCCAUCUGAUGGACGAGAAGCGGGAUAAUUUUACUCAACUGGUUUUCGAGCGACCCACGUACUUCAUGAUUGUCGUCUUGUAUUUGGUCUAUCAGGACUAGGCUGCGAGUGAAAGUUGUGAAAGUUGUGCAAGCUUUCGGUAAAGCUUGUCGUAAAAGCUGAACAGCCGCGGCACAAACCAGUUGGAAAUUAUAAUAGGUUAAGGACUGU